GGGCAGAGGAGGUGCGCGCCGAGCGGCAGCGUCCGGGGAGAAGCAACGCUCUGCUUGCUUCCAGCGUGGCGCCGGCGGUCCGUCAGCAUUAGGCAGCGAUGGACCUCGCGGCGGCAGCGGAGCCGGGCGCCGGCAGCCAGCACCUGGAAGUCCGCGACGAGGUGGCCGAGAAGUGCCAGAAACUGUUCCUGGACUUCUUGGAGGAGUUCCAGAACAGCGAUGGAGAAAUUAAGUACUUGCAGUUAGCUGAGGAGUUAAUUCGUCCCGAGAGAAACACAUUGGUUGUGAGUUUUUUGGACCUGGAGCAAUUUAACCAGCAACUUUCCACCACCAUUCAAGAGGAGUUCUAUAGAGUUUACCCUUACCUAUGUCGGGCCUUGAAAACCUUUGUCAAAGACCGUAAAGAGAUCCCUCUUGCCAAGGAUUUUUAUGUUGCAUUCCAAGAUCUUCCUACCAGACACAAAAUUCGAGAACUCAACUCAUCCAGAAUUGGUUUGCUCACUCGCAUCAGUGGGCAGGUGGUACGGACUCACCCAGUUCAUCCAGAGCUUGUGAGCGGAACUUUCCUGUGCUUGGACUGUCAGACAGUGAUCAAGGAUGUAGAACAGCAAUUCAGAUACACCCAGCCAAACAUCUGCCGGAAUCCAGUUUGUGCCAACAGAAGGAGAUUCCUGCUGGAUACAAAUAAAUCGAGAUUCGUUGAUUUUCAAAAGGUUCGUAUUCAAGAGACUCAAGCUGAGCUUCCUCGAGGGAGUAUCCCCCGCAGUUUAGAAGUGAUCUUGAGGGCUGAAGCUGUGGAGUCAGCUCAAGCUGGUGACAAGUGUGACUUUACAGGGACGCUGAUUGUUGUGCCUGACGUGUCUAAGCUUAGCAUACCAGGAGCACGUGCAGAAACUAAUUACCGUGUCAGUGGUGUUGAUGGAUAUGAGACAGAAGGCAUUCGAGGGCUCCGGGCACUUGGUGUUAGGGAUCUUUCAUACAGGCUGGUCUUUCUUGCCUGCUGUGUUGCACCAACCAACCCGAGGUUCGGAGGAAAAGAGCUCCGAGAUGAGGAACAGACAGCUGAGAGCAUUAAGAACCAAAUGACUGUGAAGGAAUGGGAGAAAGUGUUUGAAAUGAGUCAAGAUAAAAAUCUAUACCACAAUCUUUGUACAAGCCUGUUCCCUACUAUACAUGGCAAUGACGAAGUAAAACGGGGUGUCUUGCUGAUGCUCUUUGGUGGUGUUCCAAAGACAACAGGGGAAGGAACCUCUCUUCGAGGGGACAUAAAUGUUUGCAUUGUUGGUGACCCAAGUACAGCUAAGAGCCAGUUUCUCAAGCACGUGGAGGAAUUCAGUCCCAGAGCUGUCUACACCAGUGGCAAAGCAUCCAGUGCUGCUGGCUUAACAGCAGCUGUUGUGAGAGAUGAAGAAUCUCAUGAGUUUGUCAUUGAGGCUGGAGCUUUGAUGCUGGCUGAUAAUGGUGUAUGUUGUAUUGAUGAAUUUGAUAAGAUGGAGGUGCGGGAUCAAGUUGCUAUUCACGAAGCUAUGGAACAGCAGACCAUCUCCAUCACUAAAGCAGGAGUGAAGGCUACUCUAAAUGCCAGGACAUCCAUUUUGGCAGCAGCAAACCCAAUCGGUGGACACUAUGACAGAUCAAAAUCAUUGAAACAGAAUAUAAACUUGUCAGCUCCUAUCAUGUCCCGAUUUGAUCUCUUCUUUAUACUUGUGGAUGAAUGUAAUGAGGUUACAGAUUAUGCUAUUGCCAGGCGAAUAGUAGACUUGCAUUCAAGAAUUGAAGAUUCAAUUGAUCGUGUGUAUUCCGUUGAUGAUAUCAGGAGGUAUCUUCUUUUUGCAAGGCAGUUUAAACCCAAGAUUUCUAAAGAGUCAGAGGACUUCAUUGUGGAACAGUAUAAACGCCUCCGCCAGAGGGAUGGUUCUGGAGUAACCAAGUCUUCAUGGAGGAUUACAGUGCGACAGCUUGAGAGCAUGAUCCGUCUCUCUGAAGCAAUGGCUCGGAUGCACUGCUGUGAUGAGGUCCAGCCUAAACAUGUGAAGGAAGCUUUCAGGUUACUGAAUAAAUCAAUCAUCCGUGUAGAAACACCUGAUGUCAAUCUAGAUCAAGACGAAGAUGCCCAGAUGGAGGUAGAUGAGGGCCCAGAUGGCAUCCAUGGUCGUGCUGAUAGCCCUGCUCCUGUGAAUGGAAUUAACGGUCACAGUGAAGACAUGAACCAAGAUUCUGUUCCGAAAGCCUCCUUAAGGCUGGGCUUCUCCGAAUACUGCCGAAUCUCUAACCUUAUUGUGCUUCACCUCAGAAAGAUGGAAGAAGAAGAGGAUGAGUCGGCAUUAAAGAGGAGUGAGCUUGUUAAUUGGUACUUGAAGGAAAUCGAAUCAGAAAUAGAUUCUGAAGAGGAGCUGAUAAAUAAAAAGAGAAUCAUAGAGAAAGUCAUUUAUCGACUCACCCACUAUGAUCAUGUUCUAAUUGAGCUCACCCAAGCUGGAUUGAAAGGCUCCACAGAAGGAAGUGAGAGCUAUGAAGAAGAUCCCUACUUAGUAGUUAACCCUAACUACUUGCUUGAAGAUUGAGCUAUUGAAAGUAACCAGAGAAACUGGCCCUCCACCUCUGGCGUGGAGUCUGGGUGGAGCUCUACUAGCCAGAGAAGUGCUUCUGGGAGUGAUGAUUCAGGAAGAUUUACUCUGAGGAAGAAGAAUCAAGUUGAUUGUCUUAUAUGUCACAUUCCUUUUAUACCAACACAGGUUUUAUCCCUUUGUUUAGUGUGCUUCUUGCCUAAAAAAAGUUGGAUUGCAAUAGUGUGUCAUUUCUAUAACUAAGACCUUUGUUUUCAUGUGUAGGAAAAGGUCUGUUUUUAUGUUAUGUGGUGUCUUACUGGAGAAAUAACUUUUUUCAAUUGCCAACUACUUUUUUUCACCAAAAUAACUUUUUCUGCACUUGUCUAUUGGAUUUAUUUCUAUUAUAAAUUAUUGCUUCCAUUUAUUCAUGAAUAUGAGUCUUUCCCUUUUUGCUUGAUUCCUGGGGAAAGGGGUGGAAAUACGGCAUUAUGGUAAACAUUUAGGUGUAGGUUCCUGUGAGGAGAGUCCUUAUAAGAAUUUGUUAGUGUGAAAGCUAAGAGGCCUUGGAGAUGACUUUCCAAGGUUAAUUCCAGUUCUCUUUGGUUUUUUUUAAAGAGAGUUUAUGAAAAUAAAAAGUUUAUUAUA